CUUUCUUUUAAAGAAAGGUGAUAUGUACAAAAUGAAAGUAAUUUUUACGUUCCGUAUUUUUUCUAAUUGCAAGAAAAAUUGUUGAUGAAAUAUUCACAGUCAAGUACAGUCUGAUCAAUCGAGUCGACGUAUUCAAUAAAUACUGAGACUUAAUUUAUUAUUAAAUAUAUAAUAUUCAAUUGUUUUUGUGUUUUAAUAAUGCUUAGUGUUAUUUUAGUUGGAUUUUGUUUAGUCGUUUAUUAUUAUUUAAUUUGUAAUUAUAAUUAUUGGAAAAAUAAACGUGUACCAGGACCAAAGCCAUGUCUUCUCUUUGGCAAUACAAAAGAUCCAACUCUGUUGAAGCUGACAAUUGGUGAAAGUUUGAUGAAUAUUUAUCAAGCUUAUGAUGGAUCACCGUUUGUUGGUAUAUAUGAAAUGAGAAGCCCGGUACUUUUAUUAAGAGAUCCAGAUCUUAUCAAGCAAGUUUUAAUCAAAGACUUCUCACAUUUUCAAGGUCGUGGAAUUGUCAUGAAUGAAAGUAAUGAUCCACUUUGUGCAAAUAUUGUUAACUUAAGUGGACCCAGAUGGCGAGUAUUAAGAACAAAGCUCUCACCAGCUUUUACAUCAUCAAAAAUUCAUAAAAUGUUUGAUCUUAUUAUUGAGUCAUCAAAUAAAUACAAGAAAUUUGUUGAAAAAUAUGCUGACAAUAAUGAGGCUGUUGAAUUUCGUGAUUUAUCAGCAAAAUUUGCAACAGAUGUUAUAAGUUCAUGUUGUUUUGGUCUUGAAACAAAUUCAAUUCAAAAUAUAGAUUCUGAAUUUCGAAAAAUAUGUAAACACGUAUUGGAUCCAUCGAUGUCUAUAAGUUUUAAAAGAAUAAUCAGAUGGUACAUGCCUUGGGUAUUUAGUCGUUUAAAAAUUACAAUGACACCAUUAAUUGUGACAAAUUAUUUUAUGAAAAUUGUCAAGGAAAUAAUAAAACACAGAGAAACAAACAACUUAUAUCGUCAUGAUAUGAUGCAACUAUUGAUCCAGCUAAAAAAUAAGGAAAAAAUAAAAGAAGAUAUUGGAGAUAGUGAUGAACAGAGUAGCGAGAUCAAUGACCCAAAGAAUCCAGAUAUCACUAUCAAUGAAGAAAUGAUUGCAGCACAAGCCUAUAUAUUUUUUUUAGCUGGAUAUGAGACAUCAUCAACAACAAUGAGCUUUGCCAUGUAUGAAAUAUCAAAAAAUCCAAAAAUUCAACAACGAUUAGUCAAUGAAAUUGAUGAUGUCAUUGCCAAGCAUGGAUCAAUGACGUACCAGGCAAUUUUAGAAAUGGAAUAUCUCGAUUGUGUUAUUCGUGAGACACUAAGGAUGCAUACACCAGUUGGAGUAACUCCUCGUAUUUGUAACAAGCCUUAUAAAAUACCUGGCACUGAUGUUGUCAUUGAAAAAGGCAUCAAGGUACUCAUACCAAUUCAUGCUAUUCAUCAUGAUCCAAAUAUAUAUCCAAAUCCAUCGACAUUUAAUCCAGAUAGAUUUGAAAAUAAAAAGCUGCGUGAUAAUUGUACAUUUUUACCAUUUGGUGAAGGACCAAGAAUUUGCAUUGGAAUAAAAUUUGCAUUUGCACAAAUUAAAGCUGGUCUUGUGACAAUAUUACAAAAUUAUGAAAUAUUUCCAAGUGAUAAAAUGAAUUUAAAAAUUAAAUAUGAUCCAACUGCAAAUAUUCUUACUGCUUCUUCUGGUAUUUGGAUCAACAUUCGUCGACGAUCAAUUGUUGAAUAAAAAAAAAAAACAAAUUAUGUU